CGUGUAUUAAGCUCCGCAGCUUUGGCGUGCUUCAGUGCGCCUCGAUACCUGUGUAUCAGUGCAACACACUUGUUCCUGCAGCAGCACGCGUCCUGGUGCGUCUAUUGCCCGUGCUGCGAGUCCUGCUGGUGCUUCAAGACGUUUAGGUCAGGAUAAACGAUACACGAAAAAUUAAUUUUUGGCCUGGUAAAGUACUAAGUACAAAGAAGCCUCGCCCUUAGAAGGUAGAACUGAUUAACGAUGCAUUCAACGACGAUAACCACUGCUGUGGUUUUAGCAACAAUAUAUGUAGUUUGUGCGGCGGAAGACCACCACAAAAGAGCUCCUUCGGGUUUCACCGGAGUCCGAGGGAAGAAGUCCAUACCGGAUUCAGCGUACUCGACCGGUAAUUCCGACAGCGACUCUAUACCAGAACUUAAGGCUGUCGACAUCGUUUCCGAUUUAGGAGCAGUCGACAAGAGAGCGCCUUCGGGCUUUAUGGGGAUGAGGGGCAAAAAGCCGUUCUCGCUCUGGGAAGGAACUUACCCGGAUGGGGUGUUCAAGAGAGCGCCCUCAGGAUUUAUGGGCAUGAGAGGCAAGAAGGACAUGGAGUUCGCCAACUACGCAGAUGAAUACAUCAAGCGGGCCCCGUCGGGCUUCAUGGGGAUGAGGGGCAAGAAAGACUACGACAGCUCAUCCAGCCAGCUCGACAAGAGGGCGCCCAUGGGCUUCAUGGGCAUGCGGGGCAAGAAAGACUACGACGAGAUCGCCGACGAGAAGAGAGCCCCCUCUGGGUUUUUCGGGAUGCGGGGGAAGAAAAUGCCGCGCCAGGCGGGAUUUUUCGGGAUGCGGGGGAAGAAAUACCCGUACCAGUUCCGGGGGAAGUUUGUGGGGGUUAGGGGGAAGAAGGCGAGUCCGGACGAUUACUACAACGUGGAUUUAGACACCGUAGGGCAGGAGCUGGACUUGAACCAGCUGAUGCUGCUUCUGACUGAGAACGAGGGGGAGAGUGAUAUUUGGAACGGCAACAAUGAAGUGGGCCAGUACAGCCAAAAGUGAAUAAUUUUUAAGUUCAAACCAACUUCUAGUCGUCAGAUUCUAGUCAGCAAACCUAGCAUAAAAUAGAAAUAUUUGUCAAUAUUGUUGCAGGAUUUUAUUUCGUUUUGAGUAAAUUGUUGUAUAAAGUGGGGGUGAGUUCAACGCUGUCAAUUGGACGAAGCCGAACCACAGGAUGCUUUAUUUUUGAAUAUUUUUGGCUUCUUCCAAUUGAUACGGCGCUAUGGUUUUUCCUUAGAGGCUGGAUUUGGAAAAAUCAGUAAAUUGUGUUUCGAUUAACUUGCAAUAAACACUCCUUUCGAUGAACCAACCUGUAAAAAUAAGUAAAGACACAUAUCAAUCGAAGACGUUUCGGUUUACCAAAAUUUUUGUUCUGUGUCACGAGUUCUUUCGAGAAAUCAAGAUGGACUAAUUCGGUGUAUAUUCAGACUUCUGUAUUGAUUCUAUUCUAUUUUAUUGUAGAUAGGAGGAAAUUAUAUUUAUUAAGUACUAAUAUAAUAGAGUAUAUUCUGUUAUGUAUAUUUACUGUGACUUAAUAAAAUUAUUAGAGUUUGAGAA